GUGGAAAGAGUGAAAAAAAGUCUUCUGCAUAAUUUCGGAGAUCUCUGUUGUUGGUAGUGAAACCUACCGCCGUUCUGGAACUUGAUGAACGCAACCCACUGGAUGGUACUGUGACCUGAAAAAGAAAAAUGGAAAGUGAUUAAACGAGGUGGAAUAUUGACUCAAGGGACUUCAUUUCAGACUUCUGCGUAAGCUGGUGCGUAGUGCAGUCAACUAACAUCUCUGUCAAAGAGCUGGAAAAGAUCCAAUUUGGCUGAAGUACCGGAAAAGAGGAGAGUCGAGUGUGUCAAAGUGAUCGCAUAAAAGCGUCGCCAUGAUUGCCUUCAGUAGCAAAGGAUUCCCCGUUCUCCUCCUCCUCCUGGUCGCUUUCUGCCUCCUCCUGGCGGAGGUACGCGCCACAGAGGAAGAGGAGGAGGAUCCAGGGAGGAGUGGAGGUGGUGGGGGAGGAGGAGGAGGAGGAAGAGGCCGAAGAGGGCGCGCAAGCAGGACCAGCGGCCAAGUUAACGAAAUUCAGCGGUCGAGGAGCAGAGGGAAAAAAGGAGGAGGAGGAGGCGGCGGAGGGGAUUCCAGGAGGAAGGCGGCCCAGAUGCAGGAAAUGGUUUCCGAAGCUCUAGAACAACAGCUGGAACCCUUAAAUACGGCCCUGCGAUUGGUCAGACUCGACACCUUCACCGAGAACGUUCAUAGACAGCUUGGUACUCUAGAACACAUCCAGAGCAAACUUCUGACGGAAUAUGGCGAACUGAAGGCAGCCAUAACUGAAGUGGGCAGGAACACUCUAGAUCUGGCCAAGCAAGUGGCCACACUCGACGCUCGUAUCGUCUCCCUCGACCAGUCGAUCAACCAGCAGCGACAGCAGCAACAGCAGCAGCAGCAGCAACAACAGAGGGACUUCUCCCCUCCGGAAAGGAUUGCUCCGGACUACCUGCAAAGAGCCGAACGCCUCGAGAGCGACGAUUACUCCCAGGUGACCAGCCCAGCCGACCUCAGUGACGUCACAGAUGCCCUCAAGGACGCAGUCACCUCCAUCAGCAACAGAUUGCAGGCGACCGAGAGACGCUUCAAGGAGGACCUGGCCACCCUCGAGAACCGCACCACGGAGGCCCUGAAGAAGUCCCACUCAGAUCUCGAUCGGCGGAUGGCCAUUGCUGGUCUGGAUAGCGUCCUUAUUCUCAAUACCCUGGAUAAGCUCGCCAACAAAACCUGCCCCCUUCUGCAGUCCGCUGGGCGUCGGGAGCUGAAUCUACGAAGCGACACACCCGCACGCCCACACGCCCCCAGGAGUGGUGGUGUGGAGGACACGACUACCGAGGAGGAUCAGCUGGCAUACUUCCCCGCCGAGGAAGAAGGAGAUGUGCCAACGACAGGAGCUUCCGGGGAACGGGUCAGGACCUGGCUCAUCAGGGAGGGCGGACGGCCGGUCACCGAAGUCCAGACCCUUGACCUGAGCAUGGUCAACCGCCUGGCCUCUGAGAUUGCCAAGCAGAUGGCCGAGGAGGAGUCAGAUGCCAACGACCAGCCAAGGGACUGCGCUGCCGUGGCUGCUGCCGGAGAAACCACGAGCGGCGUCUACACCAUCUACCCAGCGUCCUGCACAGCCAGGUUCUCGGUCCAGGUGUGGUGUGAGCUCGAGGACGGGGGAAGUGGACCUGCCUGGACCGUCAUCCAGAGACGAGGAUCCACGACCAUGGACACGCCCCACCCAGUGGUCGAUUUCUUCCGGGACUGGGCCGAGUACAAGUGGGGCUUCGGCAAUCUGGAAGGGGAAUAUUGGCUGGGUAACGAAUACAUCCACCAGCUGACUCAGUCAGGCGAUUACGAACUCCGAGUCGACCUUCAAGAUUGGGCCAAUGAGACGCGUUACGCCGUCUACAAACACUUCGCCCUUGGCAUGGAGGACCACAACUAUACGCUGAGCCUCGGAGACUAUGAAGGAACUGCAGGUAACUCCCUUAAGUAUCACCAAGGGGCUCCGUUCAGCACAAGGGACAGAGAUAACGACUUCAACCCUCGAGGGCACUGUGCCAGGACCUUCCACGGUGCCUGGUGGUUUACCGCCUGCCACGAAUCCCACCUGAACGGACGAUACCACCACGGACGCCAUAAGAGUUACGGAGACGGCAUCAACUGGAUGGCGUUCAGAGGCCACAAUUACUCCCUCAAGUUCUCGAGGAUGAUGAUCAGGCGUACCAACAUAUAAUCAUCCCUCGGAAAGAAAGAAGAAAAAAAGCGCUUGUCAGCGGUGCCUAUCAGAUAGAUUGGACCAUGCAUAUCAUUUUUUGAACUAAGAUUGCCAACGAACAGAAACUGCAUCAAGUGAACUACACCAAAGGAUUUGGUAUAGGCACCAUACUUAAACAUAUCUGUUUAAUUCUUUUAAUAUAGAAAAAUUAAGUUUAUUGUGCUAAGAGAGAAUGCGGUAAAAGCUAUUCUGCGUUCUCGACAUAGUUAAAAGAAA